CACUGAGCCACGAUGGGAACUCCCACACACAAGCUUUUUUAAGGAGAAAAUGGGUGGAGUGGAAUGAAUACAUAGACCAAAGACAGACUCUUUCUCCCUACCUCUGUGCAAUGUCACUUGUUUCUAAUGUUAACUCAUUACCUACAUAUUUUGUUCAUUGAAAAAAAAAAAACCCACUGAAUAAGCUACAUAUGUAUCAAACAUAAGAGCUCUGGUGUGAUCAGAGUACUCAGAGAUGGGGUUAGGGAAAGACCCACAUACCCGACUAGCUCCUUGGUGCCUAUGGUGACCCCUGAAACACUGGGGCAGCACAACUGGGCUCCAGGGAAUGCAAAAAAUACUCUGGAAAACUUUUGCUACAGUCUGGGAUCCUGACAAUUUCUAAGGUCAUUGACCAGUGUUCUGCCUCCAGAUGGGAUCAAAAUGUAAGCAUAGGGCUGUUGGGGAAAGAGUACAAUAAGAGUGGGGAAAUUUUUUUUUCAGUUAAAGAUGCUGCUGUUUUUAGGAGAGAGGAAAAGAAGAGAGUUUCUUUUUAUCAAUAAAUCCUAAUCCUUUAUGUCUACAAUUACUUCCUUGAUGAAUUAGUGCUAGAACUUCCUCAGAGGCUUCAAGUAGGGAAACAAGGGAGAGAAAAAUAGAAGGGCCACCUCUGCUACCCUAAUUCCUCUACCUCUGCAGAGUUCUGCUGCUUUUAGCCUGAAUUGCUCAUAGUCCUCAAUCUGGUUUUGCCUUAGUCUUCUCUUCCUGGAAUUUCCCCUGGCCCAGAAGCCCCCAUCUCUGAUCCAAGAGGUCAAAUCCCUGAAACCCACAUCUCUGUGAGCAGCAGGACAUCCUGGGUAAGGAAAAAUUUUAGACAUGGUCAAUGGCCCAAUUCCCAAAGCCACCUCAUAUUUUUGCCUGGGUUCCCAAGUUCCCUCAAGAGAAAAAGCAUAACCUCCAAACAGGAAAUAUUUUCUCAUAAGCAAACCUUUGCAGAGCCGCAAAAUAGGAAAAACACAGGAUUUUGAGUCACAAGAGUUUGGAUGUGAGUCCCAACUCCACGACUUUGUAAAGUCUAUGACUGUGUAUGUCAUUUACCAUAUCUGACCUUCAGAAAUGUAAAAUAGGUUGGAAAGACCUAUUUUACAAGGUUGUGUAAGGAUUAAAUGGGAUCAACACCUUGUUAUAGUGUCUUGCAGAAAGACUGAAAGAAGGAAGGAAAAUAAGGUUUUUGCUGAUGGGUUUCAAUAUAAAAAUGCAAGUGGUCAAUCAGUGUAUCCCGGCAGGAGAUAAUGUCUGGGGAGAACAAAUAAAGCCUUGGAAAUCAGGCUGAGAGGAACUGGGAGCUGGAAAUACAUUUCCUAUUUUAAAAAAAUACAUUCAGUGAAAAAAAUUCAUAGCAAUGAUUAUUCGAUUAGGAAAAAGCAAUUAGUGUGGAUGCAUAAGCUUGACAUUCCACAGAUGACAAAUUUUCAUUUAUCAUAAACUGUUUCACUCUUCUAACAGCAAGUGCUGUAGAGACUUAGGGCAUAUUGCAAAUUCAAAGGACCAAGGAAAGUGGAGAUCACUCCUGUCCCCCACAAGCCACACUAGUCUCACCCUCAAACUCCUUGAAUCCACAAAUAUUUACUGUCUGGCUGUAAAACACUAGUAAGAGAAUUGGUUGUAAAAUCAGAUCUCCUGGCCUAGUCCUGGCCCUGAAACAUCUAGUUAUAGUGUGAGACAUGUCAUCCCCUCUGUGCCGCAUUGUCCUCAUCUGAAAAUAUGAGGUCAGAUCAUGUUUCAGUUGACAUUUCAGAUGAGAUGUACUAAGAAUUUAAGCUAUAAUUGUUCUGACAAGCAACCUCCCACAAAAAGAUGCCUCUUGCUUCACCUAUGGGUGUCUUUCUACUUGUUCCAACUUCUAGGGUUCAAGAGGCCUUGGAUGAUAUGAGGUAUGGAGGAAAAGCUGGGGAGAGCAUAAGAGGAUAGAGGUUGUGAGGGGUCUGUGUUCUAAGAAGUCAGAAGGAUGGUAGCAAAGGGUUAAGAGAAAAGGGAUAGCUGAGGAAGCAUUCAUUCUUUUAUUCAGCAAAUAUUUAUUUAGAGCCUUCCAGCUGGGCCUGCUGUAAUUUCUGUGAUAAUUUCCUGAUCUUCUUCUCUUAAUUAAAAAUUGUGCAGCCAGUCACAAUUAGUGAGACUUAGGAAUGCAUCCUUGUUUGGGCACAGGUAGGAGUGGAUGAACAGACAAUGAUCCUUGACUGUAUAUAAGAUAAAUUCUAAAGGGAGAGAGAAUUUUUAAGUAUACCAAAUCUAUUACCCAAUAUGUUAGAAAGUUUUAUGGGGAAAAAUAUGAAUUCAAUAAAGAAUACUUAGGCAUGAGAAGGAGAACUGUAAUAUUUAAGAGGUUAAUACGAUAGAUAAUUCUUUAUCCUCAGAUUCAAUUUCUGCUUGAGCCUAAAAAGUGGAUCCUUUAUAGGUUAAAAAAAAAAUAUUCACUGAGAAUAACUCAGAUUAUUGUCCCACCAAAUAAAAAAGUAUUUAUUUCUUUCCAGGGAUAGUAUAGCUAAGAAACCAUGAAAAAUCUUAGCAUUAUUGAGGAAUUUGUGCUUCUGGGAUUGUCUGAUGACCCGGAUAUCCAGACCCUGCUCUUUGUUCUCUUCCUGGGGAUGUACUUCCUGACCCUGAUGGGGAACCUGACGAUGAUCCUGGUGAUCAGGGCUGACUCCCACCUCUGCAUGCCCAUGUACGUCUUCCUUGGACAUUUGUCUUUCCUAGACAUGUGCCACUCCUCCGUCACUAUGCCCAAGAUGCUGCAGAAUUUCCUGUCUCAGAAGAAAACCAUUUCUGUGUGGGGCUGUAUCAUGCAGAGUUUCUUUUUCACUCUUUCUGGAGGCACUGAGAGCUGCUUGCUCUCUGCUAUGGCCUAUGACCGCUAUGCUGCCAUCUGUCACCCUCUGCUCUACACUGUGAUCAUGAAUAGACCUCUCUACACGGCAAUGGUCAGUGCAGCAUGGGUGAUGGGUUUUCUGAACUUAGUGAAUAAUCUUUGCAUCCAGAACUUACAGUUUUGUGGUCCCAAUAUAAUCUCCCAUUUUAGUUGUGAACUGCCUUCACUCUUUCCUCUGUCCUGCACUGAUACCACAGCUAACACGAUCCUGCUGGCUGGGUCUACUGCAUUUCUAGGACUUCUGACACUUCCACUAAUCCUCUUCUCUUACUCAAAAAUUAUUUUUGCCAUUCUAAGUAUCUCUUCCUCUAAAAACCAAGGCAAAGCCUUCUCCACCUGUUCCUCCCACCUCACUGUGGUGCUCUUAUUCUAUGGGACAGCUCUAUUCAGAUACAUCAGCCCCUCUUCAGGAUCAGUCCUGGAGCGAGUUGUCUCUAUACAGUAUGGUGUGAUCACAUCCUUGAUAAACCCGCUCAUUUACAGCUUCAAGAACCAGGAGGUAAAGGCAGCCCUGCAGAGGAUGCUGAGGCAGCAGAUAUGGGUCUCAGGGUAAGCAAGGACAAAAAGACCUUUCUAUUACAAGGGAAGAAAUCUAUAAGGAAAGAGAACUUUAUAAGCCUAGGGCUCUUGUGGAACUUGCUUUUUAAUUAAAUUCAACUAUACUUGUUUGUUAUUCAAAGCGAAGUGAUUUCCAAAAGCUGAAAGCAAUAUAGUCGGAGAAGAACUUGGCCAAUCCUGGAUCUGAGGGGAAAAGUUCAGAGACAGUAGCUCUUACCACAGCCUUUGAAAACUGAUCCAGAAGGGGUAAUUUCACUAUAGUUGAGUAGGCUGAACAAAGGCUCUGGCAAGAAAAAGAUGCAUGAGGCCAGAACUUUUACCUGGGAAUUACAAAAAGGAGCCCAUUUGUAAAAGGGCACAGAACAAGUAAAGUAAACACAUAUACUCUUCCAGAAUGAGACAGUUCAGUACCCUUCAUUCACCUUAUCUGGGGGCACCACAGGCGUUAAAUGGAAUGUGUGCCUGCAAAGAGUCAAAGAAUAGGGCAAAGAAAAACCAUAUUAAAUGUUCGUGAACAUAUGAAUGGAUUAAAAAUAAGGUAUA